UAUUUUUUGCCCAUCUUUCUCUCUCAAACUUUCCCCUAUCUUUCUCUCUCUAGAGCUGAAUUUCUAUCAGUGAAAUAUCCUUAGGGUUAAAUAUCGCGGUUGAAUUCAUCCAAUCUGGCUGGGAAUCAGUCCAGAAGAUUAUAGAGAUGGAUUAUCACAUUUGUUUUCCUGUGGUUUUCGAUUGGUUGGGAGUGAGCUGUGACAGGAUUUUGCUGGAUUAAUCAGAGGGAGUUUUGAUCGGAGGUUCUUAUUUGUUCAUCGUUUCUUACUCGAUUGAAUGUAAGGUACUUAUUAUCAACAACAACGUUCCAGCUUUGAAAGAGAGCCAACAGAAGUUUGAUAUAUCGCAACUUCUGCAUCUAAAUCUAUGGGAUCAAUAGUUGAGAUUGACUCGAUUUCUAUAGAUAUUAAUUGCGCCAUUGAAGACAAUGCAUUGCAGGAGCAUGAUCAUUUCUCGAUACGUGAGUAUGUUGCUGAGAUGAGGGAUAAAAACAGAAAGAUUUGUAUGCCAUUUGGCACCCAAGAUGUUAUGAUCGAGAGGGCAAACAUGGAAAACAAUGCCGUUGCGAAUCCUCAUUUGAAUGAUAGCAAAGAAAUGCCGUCACAUGACACACAAGAAACAUAUGAUGGAGAUCGAUCACGUUGUAAAGAAGAACAUAAAACUACAUAUGUCGGGGGCGACAAUGGUGAUUGUGUAGUCCAAGCUAUUCCAUUGCAGAUUACAGAGAUGGAUCAAAUGGCUGAAGUCGAGAAUCCUUUUGUCAGAGAACCCCAUAAUGCCUCAUCGGGUAGCGAUGGCCGUGAUGUUAAUGCAACGUAUAGACAGCGAAGAAAAUUGCGUUCUUUAGUCGAUAUCAUGGAUAGAAAGAAUUUGAAUUCUCCCGAAGAGAAAUCUAGCAAAAAUGACAGAGGAAAAAAUAAGAAUGUUGUCGAAGAAGACAGAGUACUAACAGAACAACAUAAUUCGAUGCUUGGAGAAGAAGUGGAGCCAAAUUUUGCAAGUUUCCUAUCAAGACAAAAGAUCGAUGGAGUUUCUAAUCUACCCAAAACAUCGAUGUCUGAAUCUAGGACGAGCUGCUCGGAGGAUCACCACAUCCAAGAAGUAGAAUUGGACCUCUCACUUAAUAGUUAUAUCGGCGUCACGAAAAAAUCCAGCAAAAGAGUAUUGUCCGGGAAGCAUCGCGAAAUCCCCGACCUCAAUGAAUCUUUUACAGAAAAUGUUUUGGAAAUGUCUGACGUGCCGGAUAACAACGCCGAAUCUGGUGGAGAUGCAGACGAUAUUCCAAUGGAUAUUGUCGAACUUAUGGCGAGGAAUCAAUGGGAAAGAGCAUAUGGAAACUCUAACCAGCAAACCUUCGGUAACCUUAAUGGUCCGUCGAAUUUGCAGCUGUUCUCAGAUCACAUGUAUAAGGGGAGGAAUUAUGUCAUCAGUUCAAAGGUGGACGGGAAACGGCCUCUAUGGAAUCCAUCCAUAAUCGAUGAUAGGAAACUCGGGUCGAGCUCGAAGCCAGAUUCUUCCUCGAGCAAAAAUAUUACGUACAAAACGCCGCCACCAAAAUGUUUCCUCGAGAACCAUCUAUCUCCAUGCAGCUACCACCCGACUAAACCGUUCUUUUCGGGAUUGUUAUUCUCCCAAAACAGUCAGAGCGCCGGAAUCGGAGUAGCGAAGCUGAUCGACAAUGUUUCUCGAUUACAAGAUGGAGCACCUCCCGGGGCAUCGAGCGAUGCGGAAUUGGGAGCUUGCGCUUUAAACUCGAACCCGGCCGAAUUUAGCGCCCCCGAAGAAGGAAACGAGUUCACUAUAAGCUAUAGAGACCUUAUACGGCGAACGAAUAAGGCUCCGAAGAAAAGAACACAUCGUGUGAAUGAAAACGAAUCGAAUACACAAAGAGCUCGAAAAUAGUCGGGGCUGCGUCGGAGAUACAUGUUGACAUAUAUAUAUAUAUAUACACAAUGUGUGUGGAUAGAAAAAAUAAGACUUGAUGUUUAUAAGGUUUGGCCAUUGUAGUGAAACACUGGAUUUCUUAUCUCAUGUCUGCUUUUCGUGCUGCUCUUUAUUAGCAGUCCCUAGUAACUACCUGUCCUCAUAAAGGGGAAACCUUAGCUUAGCUUCAACGUAUAGUUUAUUGUCUGGAUAUACA